CUAACUACGUAAUCAGUUUAUAUCUUGUCUAUGAGUUAGCAAUGAGUGUGUUCUAGACGUCAAAAAUAAUGGAAGAUUUAGUAAUCGGUAUUGACUUGGGCACAACAAAUUGCUGUGCUUCAGUAUACCUUAAUGACCAAACGAAGGUAUUAGAAAAUGAUAGCGGACAACGUAUUACGCCAUCUUUCGUCUUUUUUACUGAUUUGGAUACGGUACUGGUCGGAGAACAUGCUAAAGGAAUGGCCGAAAGCAAACCUAAAAAUGGAAUAUACGCUCUGAAACGACUGAUCGGCAAAAAAUAUGGUGAAGCUAAAAUCCAACACAAACUUAAUUAUCUUCCUUUCCAAAUAGAAUCUAAUAGUUCUGAUGACCCUGUGAUUGUAAUACAACAACAAAACAAAAUUCUGAAAAAGACUCCACAAGAAUUAUGUACCGUUAUCCUGGAAAAACUAAAAAAGGAUGUUGAGAAAAAAUUAGAACAGGAAGUGAAUAAAGUGGUGAUUACUGUUCCUGCAUACUUUAAUAUUAUACAAAGAGAAGCAACUUUGGCCGCUGCUAAAGAUGCCGGUUUUACUGUGUUAAAGUUGCUAAACGAACCAACGGCUGCUGCUUUGAUUUAUUAUCACGAAAAUAACAGUAGCGAGUCGAAUUAUUCGUUGGUAUACGAUUUGGGGGGUGGCACAUUUGAUGUUGCGGUUUUAAAAAGGAACAAACACAAUAUUGAAAUUGUUUGUGUAAAUGGAGAUACAAAUUUAGGUGGCCAAGAUUUUGAUAAUCUGCUCGUGGAUUAUGUGUCGGAAAAAUUAAAAGAACUGUAUAAUUUUGAUCCUAAAGAAAGAGAUGAAGAUGUAACCAUAUUACGCGAUAAAUGUGUAGCUGCGAAGAAAACCUUAUCAUUUGUGGAGCAGACUACAAUUAGUCUCAUUAGUUUUGUUGAAAAUCAACGAAAAGUUGAUAUACAUUUAAAACGAGAAGAAUUCGAAAACAUUGCUAAUGAUUUAUUCCGAAGAACAAUACAAAUAGUUGAUAAUUGUCUAAAAGAUUCUGAAAUUCCAAAAGAUACUAUAGACGAGGUAAUUCUGUCUGGUGGUUCUACACGCAUACCAAAAAUUCAGAAUAUGCUUUCCGAUUAUUUUGAAGGGAAAAAACUAAACAAGUUUGUGAAUCCUGACGAAUGUGUAGCAGAAGGAGCAGCAAUUCAGGCGGCCAUGUUAUCUAAAAACUCAAAGCAAAAGAUCACCAAAAUUCGACUGACGGAUGUGAUUCCUUUAUCAAUUGGUACCGAAGAUCUUGUUAAUCGAAUGGUUUUUUUGAUAAAAAGAAAUACAUCUACACCAGCUUCCGGCACAUCCACUUUUACUACAACUGCACAUAAUCAGUCAGGUGUGUUGAUUACAAUAUACGAAGGUGAACGUUCAAAUGUAAAAAAUAAUCGAAUUUUGGGUGAAAUGACCUUAACUGAUUUAACACCAGCGCCUCCAGGUGAGUGCAAAGUAACGAUUUCACUGGACGUUGACGAGAGUGGAAUUUUAACGGUCAGUGCACAAGAACAAAGGCAACACGGAGAAAAUAGUAAAGAACUUAAAAUAAAUUACGUCAGAGGAAUCAGAAGCGAAGAAGAGGUUAAAAAUACUCUAACUGACGCAGAAGAAAGCAAGGAAGAGGACGAGCGCUUCGAAAGAUUUGCCGAAAGAAAUAGUUAUUUAAUCAGAUACUGUGAAGGUUGUUUGUACAAUUUAGAUGCUAAAAAUAUUAGGGAGAAAUACAGAAGUAUUUACGAAGCAUGCAGAGAAACUAGAAACAAGGCUGUGUUACUAAACCCCCAAGAAGAAGACAUCGUCGAAGAGCUAACGAAAAAUAUCAAAACGCAAUGCGAACAUAUAGUUAAAGAGUUAAAUUUUGAUUGUAUGCCCCAUUUUAUUGAUAUAGCCGACUUGUUGAAAAAUAUUUUUGGUAAUAUGAUGCUCUCCGGUUCUGAAGAUUUGCAUACUGUCAAAGGUUAAGACGUAAACGGGGAACUUGCUGUCGCCGUGUCACAGUCGUUAGGUUUAAAUUGUAAUCUUCAUUACUCUAAAAAAAUGUCAUAGUAAUAUUGAUAAAUAUUUAAAAAGCGGUAACUCCAUAUGUGACGGGUGUGGCAAAAUCUAGAAGAUUUAUAUAUUUUUACCAAAUUAGAGACGUUUUAAAGCAGAGAGGGCAGAUAAAUUAUUUUUUUCAGUCUAAACCACCAUCAUACUUUAACGGCUUUUACAUAACUGUUAUAUUUGUUGCACUGUAACGUAUAUAUUUUAGCUAUUGUUCUGCUUUUAAAUGUCUUUAGUUUAUAAAUGUUCUGUCAAUUUGUCACACCGUUGACAAAUGGAAACACCCAAAAAGGAGACGUAAGUGUUUUAGUAAAUAUAUUUUAUAGGUAUGUAAAUAAUAAAAAAUUAAUACAGCAA